GGGCAGAAGGACACGUAUGUCGGCGAUGAGGCGCAGUCCAAGCGUGGUAUCCUCACUCUGCGCUACCCCAUCGAGCAUGGUGUCGCCACUAACUGGGACGACAUGGAAAAGAUCUGGCACCACACCUUCUCUAACGAGCUCCGUGUUGCUCCUGAGGAGCACCAGGUGCUUUUGACCGAGGCUCCCAUCAACCCCAAGAGCAAUCGUGAGAAGAUGAUACAGAUUGUCUUCGAGACCUUCAACGUCCCCGCCUUCUACGUGUCCAUCCAGGCCAUCCUGUCGCUCUACGCCUCCGGUCGGCACCCGUGGCGGUGGCGGUAA